CGUCGAAAGCUGAAUUGCCAAACCAACCACAAGCCGGGUUUGAAAUGGCCAUCGAGGUCACCUUGCCGUCCCCCCACGCGGCGCAGGACGGGGCAAAGACCCGCGAGUGCCUCAUCUACUUCCUCACCGGCAACCCCGGGCUCAUUGACUACUACGAGCCCUUCCUGCGGUUCCUGCGCAGCCACCUGGACGCAAUAGAGGCCAAGCGCCAGUACAAGGUAGCCUUCCACAUCCACGGCCGCAACCUCGCAGGCUUCGACGACAACGACCAUGACACCCCCUUCAACACGGGCUCCAACCCGCCGCACAACGUGGAGCACCAGCUGCAGACCUGCGCCAAGCACCUGGCCGCCGCCAACGCCGUCCCCGCCGGGAGGCCCCGGGCAGGCCAGCCCUUCGACGACGUCGUGCUGAUGGGCCACUCCCUGGGGACAUACCUGGCCCUGGAGCUGUUCCACCGGCACAUGCACGACCCGAGCCUCAACCCGGACCUGCACCUGCGGUCGGGCGUCCUGCUCUUCGCCACCGUCGCCCACCUCGCCCGGUCGCCCAAGGGCGUGCAGCUCAACCUGCUGCGGCGGAUCCCCGUCGUGGGCACGUACGCGCCGCUCGUCGCCAACAGGGUGACGUCCCUGCUGCCGCACGCGCUGCUGCGCUUCGUCACGUCGCGCCUGCUGGGCAUGGACCCGCACGCCGCCGCCACGACGGUGCGGUUCCUGGCCAGCCGCGACGGGGUGCACCAGGCGCUGUACCUGGGCAUGGACGAGAUGACCUGCAUCGCCGAGGAGGCCUGGGCCGAGGAGCUGUGGGAGAUCGCCGACGAGGCUGUUGCGCACGGGACUGAUGUGCCCAAGUUCUACAUCUUCUUUGGGAAGAAUGACCACUGGGUUGCGAACAAGACCCGGGAUGAGUUCAUCGUCCGGAGGGAGGAGCAUGCUACGCGCCAAGACGCGCCGAAGCAUAAGAGGGCCCGGACGAGGAUCGAGAUUGACGAGGGGAAUUUGCCUCAUGACUUUUGUAUUACAACAAAAGACAGCGAGACGGUUGCUGAGAAGGUUGGCGUCUGGUUUGACGAGAUUGCUGAGCACUUGUGAUCGGUCUGGGUGACUGAUGAACGGAAGGGCUGGAGCCCACACCUUUGGUUGGCGUUAUGGUAGGCUAUAGAAAGAUACAAGGAUUCCCGUACACAACAACUGCAAUGUCAUUCACAACCGCGAUAAUCUUUAUUUGGGAAAGGGUUCAAGGGUGAGGGAACGGUAUAGAGCUUUAUAUAAUAUACUGCGGAAACAACUCAGGCUUGGGCUCGGGGACGCUCGCAUCAAUUGGGAUACUUUUGCGUGGAAGCGCAAUACACCUCUACGAGAAAGUCCGGUGA